AUGUCUAAUGUCAAUACUCAAAACGAGCCCUUUUAUCUUCGCUACUACUCGGGGCACUCUGGGCGGUUUGGGCAUGAGUUCUUAGAAUUCGAUUUCCGAACUGUAGGCGAUGGCCGCAGUGCUGCUGUACGCUACGCGAACAAUUCGAAUUAUCGAAAUGACUCGUUAAUUCGCAAAGAAAUGUGCGUGAGUUCUCUUAUGAUCUCAGAGCUCAAGCGAAUUAUUAAGGACAGCGAGAUUUUAAAAGAAGAUGACUCGAAAUGGCCGCAGAAAAACAAAGACGGGCGCCAGGAAUUAGAGAUUAAGCUUGGAAGCGAACAUAUCUCGUUUGAGACGGCGAAAAUAGGGUCUCUUGUCGACGUGACCGAAUCUGCGGACCCGGAGGGCUUACGGGUGUUUUAUUAUCUGGUACAAGAUUUGAAAGCUUUUGUUUUCUCUUUGAUCUCGCUGCAUUUUAAAGUAAGUGCCGCGACAAUGUCCUACGUGCCGAAUGCCCUAUUGAGCUAUGAUCGCUUUGCAGAUUAA